CAGAGCAAGAUUAAGCAUGGCCUCUAAGCCUGGCAUCCUCACUGACUGGCCAUGGACGCCCCUCGGAAGCUACAAGCAAUUGGUCUUGGCUCCUUGGGUCAUAGAAAGUAUAUACUCUUUCAUAUUCAAGGAUGAAAAGGAGAGGGAUCUUUCCAACUUCAUCAUAUUCCCUCUUAUGCUAUGGAGAAUCCUUCAUAACCAGCUAUGGAUCAGCUUUUCUCGUUACCGAACUGCGAAGGGCAACAACAGGAUCGUAGAUAAGCCCAUAGAGUUCGACCAAGUCGACAGAGAAAGAAACUGGGAUGAUCAAAUAAUUUUCAAUGCGAUAUUGUUCUACAUUUUUAACAAGGUUCUUCCCGGAGGUUCUCACUUUCCUCUUUGGAGAACAGAUGGUAUGAUUCUAACGGCACUGAUCCAUGCCGGACCAGUGGAGUUCCUGUACUAUUGGCUUCACCGAGCACUUCACCACCAUUACCUUUACAAUCGCUACCAUUCCCAUCAUCAUUCCUCCAUUGUCACUGAACCCAUCAGCUCUGUGAUUCAUCCGUUCGCUGAGCACAUUGCUUACUUUGCUUUAUUUUCGAUACCGCUUCUGACGAUGGUGUUCACCGAAACUGCCUCCAUAGCAGCCUAUGGUUUUUACAUUACUUACAUUGACUUGAUGAACAACAUGGGACACUGCAACUUCGAGUUCAUCCCUAAGUGGGUCUUCACCAUUUUCCCUCCUCUCAAAUAUUUGAUGUACACCCCAACGUUUCACUCAAUGCACCAUACACAGUUCAGGACCAAUUACUCACUGUUCAUGCCAAUCUAUGAUUACAUUUAUGGCACCAUGGACAGGGCUUCUGAUGCUCUGUAUGAAAAAUCCCUACAAAGAGAUGAAGAGUCACCUGAUGUUGUCCACCUAACGCAUCUAACCACACCAGAGUCCAUCUACCAUUUGCGCCUUGGAUUCGCCUCCUUCGCUUCUAAGCCGUACACAUCACGGUGGUACCUAUGGUUGAUGUGGCCCGUUACUCUGUGGUUCAUGGUGUUAACUUGGAUUUAUGGUCAUAAUUUUGUCGUGGAAAGAAACCGUUUUGAUAAACUUAGAUUGCAAACUUGGGCCAUACCAAAAUACCAGAUACAAUACCGCUUACAAUGGCAAAAUAAAUCUAUCAAUAGCCUGAUUGAGGAAGCCAUAAUAGAGGCAGAGGUAAAAGGGGCUAAGGUGUUAACUCUAGGCCUCCUGAAUCAGGGUGAAAAGCUUAACAAGUAUGGGGACCUUUAUAUUCACAAGCAUUCUCAGCUCAAAAUGAAGUUGGUGGAUGGAAGCAGCUUAGCAGUGGCAGUUGUGCUGAAUAGCAUACCAAAAGGAACAACACAAGUACUCCUCAGGGGUAACCUCACAAAGGUUGCUUAUGCUAUCUUCUUUGCUUUAUGCCAAAAGGGCAUCCAGGUCACCGUAAUGCAUGGAGAUGAAUAUGAGAAGCUAAACAAAUCUUUCAACUCCAAGUCUCAAAACAAUUUGGUCCUUACAGGAAGCUACUCUCCCAAGAUAUGGUUGGUAGGAGAUGGUUUGACAGAAGAAGAACAAUUAAAGGCACCAAAAGAAACAUUAUUUAUGCCCUUCUCCCAAAUCCCACCAAAGAAAGUGCGCAAAGAUUGCUUUUAUCAUAGCACCCCAGCGAUGUCAACUCCCAUGUCUCUUGAGAAUGUAGAUUCUUGUGAGAAUUGGCUGCCAAGGAGAGUGAUGAGUGCAUGGCGAGUAGCGGGGAUAGUGCACGCCUUGGAAGGAUGGGAGGAGCAUGAAUGCGGUUACCCCAUGUCCAGCGUAGAGAAAGCUUGGGAAGCUAGUCUCCGCCAUGGAUUUACACCUCUGAAGCUCCCAACACAGUCAAAUUCUAGCUAAUUUGACUUCAAAACUGAAAUGCAGCUGAUUGAUUAUUAUCCUUUAUGUAUGAACGGAACAAUAGGAUGGCCAAAUAAUUAAUGCUUGGGAUAUUUUCCAUCUUGUGGAGUAUUCUUCAUUUAUUGUAUUGCCUAAUAAUGUAGUAUGGUUUCU